AUGUUAAAUGCUGCGAAAGGGACCGAGGAGCUGUUCGGCGCCAAUGCCGCGGUAGCCGCGAGUUUGGCUGAGGCGGUGGUGACGGCGGUGGAGGGGGCGGAGGCGGCGGAAGCGGCAGCAGCGGCAUCAGCAAAGGGGAUGAUGGCGGUGGCGGCGGCAACGACGGUGGCGGUGGUGGAGGAGGCAACAGCAGCGGAGGGGACGGUGGCAGGUGGUAGAAGUGUUGGUGGCGGUGGUGGCGGAAGAGGAGGCAGUGGCGAUGGCGGCGGAGGGGGUGGCAAUGCCGACGGUGGCAGUGGUGAAAGCGGCAGCGGCGUUGGAGGGGACGGUGACGUCAUUUCCAAUCUGCAGCCCAAUGUCCCCUGUUUUGACUCUCAUGGGAAUAGGGUUCUUGCAGAACCUGUAUGA